AUGAUAAGGCCGACGAAAAACACACCGAAAGACGCCCACCGCAAAACGACUACGCGAGGCGUGACUGUUUUGAAGGAACUUCUUCGGAAGAAAGAAGACGCACUCACAAAGGAAAUCACCAGUCGAGCUAAGACGUUUUACAACGGUGAAGAUGCAAAGCCUCGUCAAGUGGAGACGGUUGCAAGCCUGGCCCGAGGGACAAGUACUUUCCUUUUAGCUGGCACCGGAUUUGGAAAGUCUAGGAUUCCAGAGAUGUAUCAUAUGCUAUUGCCUCAAAGCUCGAAGCCAGUCAUAUUGGUGCUAAACCCACUCGAUGCCUUAGGCGACAACCAAGUGGAGGAAAAGAAGGGCAAGUUUACAGCAAUCAACUUAACCAAAAUGACGUUCAACCCAGCAGUAGCCGAGCAAAUCAAAAAGGGUGUGUACAACUUUGUGUACCUCAGCCCGGAGAUUUUUCUCAACAGUAAGCUAUGGGAUUCAGUCUACUUCAGCCCUGAAUUCCAAGACCGACUCGGACUCGUGGUUGUUGAUGAGGCUCACAUGAUUUACAUAUGGGGCCUUGUUGAGAGCUCUAAUGGAACUAAGAAAUAUUCCAUACUUGUCAGGCAUCAAGAUAUUGGAAUCUUUCGACCUUCCUACGGAGAUCUUGCACGGCAUCUACAAUGUCGAAACAACGUUCCGAUCCUCCUUUUGUCUGCAACUUGCCGACCGUUAGCUGUAAACGCAAUUUUGAAAAGCCUCAAGUUGACAACUGAUCUUAUCAACAUCAUUCGAGACGAGUUGACACGGUCAGAAAUUAGGAUAAUCCGAAUCAACAUGGCCCACUCGCUGAAAUCCAAUCUGGAUCUGUUGAAUGCUUUCCCCUCAGAAGACAAGACACCAAACAACGAACUAGUCCCUAUGCUGAUAUAUAGUGGAACAAGAGCACGUACCUUUACUGUUUUGGAGGUGUUGGACAUGGCUCGCGGAACUCCUAACAGCUGCCGAAAUCCUAGAAACACACUGGAAAGGCGGUAUCAUUCAACCACCGGAGAUAAAGACAAAGUUGACUGUGUCCGCGAUUUUUCGGAUGGACUUUUCCCGAUCAUAUCAGCUACGAUGGCGCUAGGAUUAGGACAGAAUUGGAAACGUCCAAAUAUCUUAUGUAUCAAAUACGGUUUUGGUGGGAUCAGUCAUCUGAGACGAUACAGAAUACAUUUCUCACUUUUCAAAUACGAUACAUGUAUAUGUCUCAGGAAAUUUCCGGCAAAUGAGAUUAUGAAGAAAAAUAAAACUCGGUCCACCGGCAAAGAUGUGCUGGAAGGCAAUGUGGAACUUGCUGAAACAUUCAAAGCUUGCCUUAUCAGUACCUUUACUGAUUUCUAUGAGGAGAGAAGGUCCAAAUCGGCUCGAUUUCUGGCGGCCGACUUAUUUAAUGACCAUCAUGCUCAGGCUGUCUUGCAAAAUCUACCCAAUAUUGAAAAUCAAGAUGACUUGAAUACUAUCAUCGGUGGAGAAACUGUUUCGGGACAGCUGGAUCUAUUGAUGAAUACUAUUUCAAACCUCAAGAAUGAUUCACUCUAUCACCAACACUUGGAAAAUCAAAUGAAGACGAGAAAGGAAGCUGAAGAGCUGAAGAAGCUGAAGAAACGAGAGUAUGGCAUUCGAUACCGCGCAAACAAACGGGCACAACUUCUUGCCCAACAUCAUGAACAUGAUGUUCAGAUUUCCGAACAAAUGCAACCCGCCAAUCAUGUCGUUGUUGACAAUCAAAUCAUGUCAGGUGCGGUUGGACUAGUGACGAUUGAUUCUGAGAUAAGCAAAGCUGAGGUGGAGGAUACAAGAAAGCGGAAGAAACGGGAAUAUGCGGCUCGGUACCGGGCGAAAAAAAAGGCUCGCAUUCUUGCAGAGGCGGACAAAGGGAAUCAAGAAAACAAACAAAACGAGCAAGAGAAUCAAGAAAACGGACAGAACACAUGA